GAAAUGCCGUGGAUCACAGGCUGGCCCUGUUUCAAUGACAUAUCUACGCACGAGGAUGAAUUUCCAAGAGAACAUGUCAAAAAGUUUUCGUCAGUUCCCGUGAAAGCGGAAAAACUUUCAUCGUAG